AUGGGUGUGGCAGCACGUGCAGGAGAUGUCUUUGUCCGCAAGGACGUGCGUGUGCACAUGUGUGCAGGGCUGCUCUCCCAGAGCCUGGAGUUCAACUCUCCUGCCGACAACUACACGGUGUGUGAAGGUGACAACGCCACCCUCAGCUGCUUCAUCGAUGAGCAUGUGACCCGCGUGGCCUGGCUGAACCGCUCCAACAUCCUGUACGCUGGCAACGACCGCUGGACCAGCGACCCGCGGGUGCGGCUGCUCAUAAACACCCCCGAGGAGUUCUCCAUCCUUAUCACCGAAGUGGGGCUUGGCGACGAGGGCCUCUACACCUGCUCCUUCCAGACCCGCCACCAGCCGUACACCACUCAGGUCUACCUCAUUGUCCACGUCCCUGCCCGCAUUGUGAACAUCUCGUCGCCUGUGACGGUGAAUGAGGGGGGCAAUGUGAACCUGCUUUGCCUGGCCGUGGGGCGGCCAGAGCCCACGGUCACCUGGAGACAGCUCCGAGAUGGCUUCACCUCGGAGGGAGAGAUCCUGGAGAUCUCUGACAUCCAGCGGGGCCAGGCCGGGGAGUAUGAGUGCGUGACUCACAACGGGGUUAACUCGGCGCCCGACAGCCGCCGCGUGCUGGUCACAGUCAACUAUCCUCCGACCAUCACGGACGUGACCAGCGCCCGCACCGCGCUGGGCCGAGCCGCCCUGCUGCGCUGCGAAGCCAUGGCGGUGCCCCCUGCGGAUUUCCAGUGGUACAAGGAUGACAGACUGUGA